AUGCGCAGGGACAGUGCUGCGGCCGACAAGCGGCGUCGACGCACGAGUGCCGUGCACGUGACCGCAGACGAAAGCACACCCGGUGCGGACGAAAGCCUCAAGGUCGAGUCAGAGCCAAGCACCAUCUCGGAAAGCGUCGCCAAGGAAAACCAGGCGCUUCGGGACGAGAUCAAGGGCCUGCGCCACUCGAUCGAGUUUCAUACGCACCGGGCCGAUAAGGCCGAAGCGAGCCUCCUCACCCUCCAAGCAGAUGUGAGCGACAUUUAUCGCCGAAAAGAAGAGGCAUUGCAGCUCGAAAUCACGGUCUUGCAAGCAGAGCUGACUGCCAGCACCGAGGCCAACGAGACCCAAAUGCGCGAGUUCCAGGCGCAAAAAGCCGUCAUUGAGCAGAGUUAUCGAGAUCGUAUCGAAGCAAUGGAUGCCAAGUUCAUCAACCAAACGUUUAGCUCCAAAGCAGUCACGACAAUGCCGACGGAUCCAAUGCAUUACGACCCCGCGACGGGCGCCAACUACUGCCCGCUGCCGCCACGCAAAUAUAAAGGGUCCAGCGCCAUGAUCAAGGAGCUGCUCACGAGGUACUUUUGA